GGUUUUCAGCAAACGGCGGACAAGUGCUUUGUUUGUGGACACCUCAUAAUGGAAAUGAUCUUACAGGCCCUUGGAAAGUCAUACCAUCCUGGCUGCUUCCGCUGCGUGGUGUGUAACGAGUGUUUGGAUGGAGUCCCCUUCACUGUAGACGUGGAGAACAACAUUUACUGUGUCAAAGACUACCAUACGGUUUUUGCACCAAAAUGCGCUUCCUGUAACCAGCCGAUCCUGCCAGCACAGGGCUCCGAGGAGACCAUUCGGGUGGUGUCAAUGGACAAAGACUACCACGUGGAGUGCUAUCACUGCGAGGAUUGUGGCUUGCAGCUCAAUGAUGAGGAAGGCCAUCGCUGUUACCCGUUAGAGGGCCACUUGCUCUGCCAUGGAUGCCAUAUCAGGCGCCUAAAUAUUAAACUGCCAUCACAUCCACCUCCGAGCUAUCCAAUGCAUGUCACAGAACUCUGAAAGGCGUUUCCAUUACCGAUAAGCCGUUUGAAAGAGAAGACAAAUACCUAAAAGUGACUUUCCUGUUCCUUUAGAAAUGAGAUUCCAUUAAUAACCAUCUAAACCAGCUAUUUAUUUUUUAAAUCAGAGGUGAGGGGUCCUUUUCUGAUCUUGUACAUAUGCAUUCUUUUAUCUAGGCAUUUUCACUGAGACACCGUCUACUUGAACAAAUAA